CGCGGCGGCAUCAGUGCGGUUACCUGGUGAGAUGGGCGGCGAAGCGAGGUCUGCAGCGGCCUUGGGCUCCGAGCGUCGCGUGAAGAGUCUGGGGCUGGUGUUUGUGGAUGAGCGCAAGGGCUUCUACUCGAGUGGGGAGACAGUGGCGGGGCACGUGCUGCUGGAGGCGGCUGAGCCCCUGGCCCUGCGCGCACUGCGCCUGGAGGCCAGAGGCCGCGCCACUGCGUCCUGGGGCCCUAGUGCAGUGGCCCGCGCCUCGGCCAGCGCCUUGGCCUCGGCUGCUGCCUCGGAGGUGGAGUACCUGAAUGUGCGCCUGAGCCUGCGCGAGCCCCAGGCUGGUGAAGGCAUUAUUUUAUUACAACCUGGAAAGCAUGAAUUUCCAUUCAGCUUUCAGCUUCCAUCUGAACCUCUGGUAACCUCAUUCACCGGGAAGUAUGGCAACAUUCGGUACAGUGUGAAGGCAGUGUUGGAAAGACCCAAGGUCCCAGAUCAGAGUGUGAAGCGGGAGCUGCAGGUGGUUAGUCACAUAGAUGUCAACACUCCAGCACUAUUGACUCCUGUACGGAAAAGCCAAGAAAAAAUGGUUGGCUGUUGGUUUUUUACCUCUGGUCCAGUCUCACUGAGUGCCAAAAUUGAAAGAAAGGGAUACUGUAAUGGAGAAGCUAUUCCAAUCUAUGCAGAAAUAGAAAAUUGCUCAUCUCGUCUGAUUGUUCCCAAAGCUGCGAUUUUCCAAACUCAGACAUAUUUGGGGAGUGGGAAAACAAAGACUGUGCGCCACAUGGUUGCCAAUGUGCGAGGAAACCACAUAGCCUCCGGCAGCGCAGAUAUAUGGAAUGGGAAGACCCUGAAGAUCCCGCCUGUUCCUCCGUCCAUCCUAGACUGCUGCAUCAUCCGAGUGGAUUACUCCUUAGCUGUGUACAUUCACAUUCCUGGUGCUAAAAAAUUGAUGCUGGAGUUGCCGUUAGUGAUCGGCACGGUUCCUUAUAAUGGUUUUGGCAGCAGAAACUCCAGUGUUGCCAGCCAUUUCAGUGUGGAUAUGAGCUGGUUGACACUGACCCUGCCAGAACAGCCUGAAGCUCCACCAAAUUAUGCAGAUGUUGUAUCAGAGGAAGAAUUCUCAAGACACAUUCCUCCUUACCCUGAACCCCUUAACUGUGAGGGCGAAGCUUGCUGUCCUAUGUUCUGCAUACAGGAAUUUCGGUUUCAGCCUCCACCUCUCUAUUCAGAGGUUGACCCUCAUCCGAGUGAUGUAGAAGAAAAUCAACCUGUUUCCUUCAUUCUUUGA